AUGGAUUCGGAUUCCAGUUACGUGGAGGAGGAGCGCGUCGAGAAAAAAGCCAUACCGCCGGAUCGAGACGUCUUUCCAUCAUCGCCCCCUCGACGAGCAGCACCCCAUGUACCACUGGACAACACCCACACAUCGCCGUCGGGAGAUCCGAUAGCCUUGCGGCACACCGUCCCAGAUGUGAUAUCAGACAACCCAUUUGCACAGGGAGAAGGUAGCAAAACGUAUUUUACCCGCCCAAACCGCUACUUCGGUCCCGCGUCGACGUGGUACUCUUGGACCAAGACGGAAAGGACCGUCGCGCUGAGCCUGGAUCGUGUACGUAGUCAGGACCUCAGUAUUCACCUCAUCAACGCCUUUGGGGUGAAGCGCAAGCUGCAGCAACAACAGGGCGGAAGGGAAGCAAAGAAGCGGAGCAAGAAGGGGAAGGAGAGAGCCUCGUCCGUCCUCUCCACGGAUGACGAGGCAAGCCUGCGACGGCGAAGUGGAGGGAGGAAUGGCCUUACCAAAUCCUGGACGGCUUGGCCCAUGCCUCCCGACCAGGUACCUCGGGAGGAAUUACUGCCCAGAAUGGAGGGAGACGGCGAAUACUAUCGUAUGAAGCCCGAGUCGAAGCCCAGUGCCGAUCUUGAAGAAUGGUUGAUCGCAACUGCGACGAAGAUUGCUAGAGACCAAUGGAACGCAAGGCGGUGGGAAGACAAAGAUCCAACCCCAGCCGGCGCAGCACAGACAGGUAUGAAAGUCGACCACCACAGAGAUGCUGAAGAGGACAACAUGGCCGCAGAAGUACCCGGGGACGAGGACCAAGAAGAGGUGGGCGAGGCAGCAGAGAGCCCGCCCUCGCCGGCAGGUGCAGAAGAAGAGCCAGUCUUCUACUCCCAACCGUUCUCAUUCUACGAAGAUAACGCGGAACAGGAGGCUUCCGGCUCCGGCAAGGAGGGAACAAGCGAUACUGAUACGAGUGAUAGUAUGGAGCGACGCCCGGUUCCACUGGUGGACGAUGAAAAGGCGCGCGGAUACUUUCUUCCCAGCGCCCGACACAUUCUGAGCAAAGUCGACGACUUGCUCCUUGGUCUUCACAAGGCUAGAUACGCAUACGCUGCCAAGCCACAAAGUAAACGAAGAAGGGCAACGCAUUCUCAUACCCCGGAGGACGACACAAGUGGGGAUUUCACUCGAGGAAGAAGCGGUUCACGGCCUCCCCCUGUAAGGCAGAGCAGGGCACGUUCCUCAUCCGCAUUCACCGACGUGUCGAGCGCGUCGAUCAUCUCUGCCGGGUCUGGCGCACGGUCCCGAAGGGUAGAGAAUCUCGGCUUGCGGAACUGGAGCGAUGUGAUAGGCAUGGCUGGUCUGACAGGUUGGGACCCUUCAGUCGUGGAGCGUGCGAGUCGACGGUGCGGGGAGCUUUUCAGAGGGAACAUGCUCUUCCGCACGUUCUAUGAGGGAGAAGGUAAGGAUGGAAGGGAGUCGCACUUUACGGAACACCUCGCUCGUGAGAGUGAAAGCAGCCGAACGCCGUCUCCGACUGGGGAAGGAGAAGAGACAGAUUCUAACGAAAAUGAGCGUCUAUCAAUUCGCACCUCGAGACCAUGCGAAAGGUGUCAAGCCACAAAAGCCGACUGCCAGCCCGCUGCGGACAGCAGCGAACCUGGAACAUCAAAAGCCUGCACGAACUGUCUAGAGACGGGAAACGCAUGCUCCGGGAUCCAAGUAGAUGUGGUGAUCCAAAAUGAGCGAACUUGCCCACAUCGAUCUUGUCCGAGACAUAAGAUCCCAUUUCGGAAGACGUGGCAUCUUCAGCGCCACUUGGAAAGUGUACAUGAUGGGCAGCAGAGAGGAGGAGGUUCACGGGCCAUGCCCAAGAGCGGAUGGGAGGGCUCGCGAAGUGCCAGUAUCAGUGCCCACAGUGCCUAUACCGACCACCUCGACGACGCCGGCAGCGAAUCAAAUGACGAAAACGACGACAAUGACUCAGAGCACCAAAUUCUCUGCCCUGUCCCAUCGUGCCCACGAACAAGACAACCUUUCUCCAAAGGCAAGAAACUCUACGAACACAUUCGACGGAUGCAUCCAGAGGUCGAUGUGGAUGAGGUUAAGAAGAGUGAGGCGCGGAGAAGGGGAGAGAGGAGGGGUACGUGGAGAGAUGAGAGACGGACGAGGAGCAAGAGCAAGAGUAAAAGUCGCAGCAAGAGUCGUCGUGGCGAUCGAAGUCGGAGUAGUCAAAGUCGGAAUCCAAGUUGGCGGGCUGGUAGCGCAAGGGUGGAUGAUGAGGAGAGUGAGGGCGACGGUGAGCAUGGACGUGCGAAUGCGGAGGAUGCGGAGGAAGACGAGGAGACUAUCAAUGAGACAAGCUAA